AUGUACUACGAGCCCGGCGUCACCGACCAUGGCCUCCCCCAUGAUCCAUUCAAGGCCUGCGUAAUCCCCCGCCCAAUCGGCUGGAUCAGCACAAAGUCCCCCUCAGGCCAAGCCAACCUGGCCCCGUACUCCCAAUUCAACAACCUAACCUUCGACCCGCCGUACGUAAUGUUCGCCUCGAACCAAACCCCGCAGAACAGCCGCAAAGACACCGUCGUGAACAUCGAAGCAACCGGCCACUUCGCCUGGAACCUAGCCACAUACCCGCUCCGCCACGCCGUCAACAUCACCGCCGAGCAAGUCCCCUACGGCGUCGACGAGUUCGACCGCGCAGGUUUAACCAAGGAGCAGGCGAACGCUAUUGACGUCCCCAUGGUCAAGGAGAGUCCGGUCAAAUUCGAGUGCGUGUAUCAUUCGACUAUCCGGCUGCCUGGGAAUCCGCCCAUGGGGACUGUCGAUGUUAUUAUUGGGCGUGUGGUCGGCGUGCAUAUUGAUGAUGGGGCGCUGGAUGAGAGGGGGUGCUUGGAUGUGGCUAGGACGGAGCCGAUUGCGCGCUGUGGGUACUACCAGUAUGCGGUUGUGAGGGAGACGUUUGAGAUGGUGAUCCCGGGGAUGAGUGGGGAUGUGCUGAAGGGGCUUGAGGGGAGUGCGAGGGGGAAUCGGGAGUUGGAGGAGAGGAGGAGGGAUGCAAAGCUUGAGAGUGAAGUGGAAGAAGGGGGCGCGGCUGUGGGGAAGUAG